AUGUCACAGCCUACUCGUGUGUUAACCGCUGAUGAUGGUUUAAUUGACGAGAAGCUUGCUCAGGGCAUUGCCCAGUACUUACCUCCUAGGUGUGCUGCUGCCGAAGUAUGGAAAAGGCUAUAUUCCCUUCAGCAUGACGGAGCAUCUCUUCAUACUAUGUAUCAAAAUUGUAUGAAACAGAAGGAAGAAUCCGGAAACCCUAAGGGUGCUUGCCUUUUGGUUAUAAAGGAUGUGCAUGAUAACGUCUUUGGAGCCUUUAUAGAUGAGUACUUAUGUCCACGUCCUCAUUAUGUUGGCUCCAAUGAAUCCUUUCUAUGGAAAUGCUAUUCUGACAAUAACAGACUCCGUGCGUUUCCGUGUGUUGGAGAUUCAAACUUUGUAAUCUAUUGCACGAGAAGUUUUAUUGCCUUAGGAGGAGGAAAUGGUCGUUACAGCCUCUGGAUAAAUGGAACUAUGGAAUAUGGCUACUCGGAAAAGACACCUGCUUUUAACAACUCUCCCUUGAGUCAUCGCAGUUGCCAAAAUCAAAGAAUCUGGAUUGUGGAUGUCGAACUCUGGUGUUUGGAAUAA